AUGUAUGGAUUUAUAUUUUAUGUAGCUAUCUUUCUUCAUAUAUUUAACUUCCCUUUAAUGAUGCCUCAUAUGUGCUCAUGCACAACUAUUACAAAUGAUUAUGUUUCUGAAUUAUUUCAUAUGGAACUUUUUGAUAGUAAAGAAAAAAAUAAAAUAAAAAAUGAAAUAUAUGAUAUUAUAAACGAAACACAUAAGACAUAUUCUUUGUGCAAAACAUGUAUAAAAAUUAUACAACUCAUAUAUCAAAUAAUAAAAGAAGAAAAAAAAAAAGAAAAAUAUAUUGAUAUUAUUAUAGAAGAUAUAUUAGAAAUUAAUUUAUGUAACCAACAUUUAUGGAAUAAAUAUUUCAUUCAUAAUAUCUCAUUAUUAUAUACAGAAUAUUUUCUAGAUAAUUGUAAGUAUACAUUAAAUAUAAUUAAAGAUAAUAUAGAAAAAUAUAUUUAUAUUUCAUAUAAUGACACAAAUGCUUUAUAUCAAUAUGUAUGCCUUCCUAUAAAUCCUAUAUGUAAAACAGCUAUUAUUGAAGAACAAAAUAAUUUUAAUCACAAUAUAAAUAUUCAAACUGUUUUUUCUAUAUACUCUCAGUAUUUGCUAUUAAAUGAAAAUUUUAUUAUUACUACAAAAGGAUUGCCUUACAAAAUAAUCGAAAAUAAAAUAAACAAGGAAAUAAAAAUAAAACAAAAUAGUUAUAUCAUCAUACAAUCAAAAAUAAAAAUUAUUCAUGAAAAGAUAUUACAGGACGAUUUCUCAUAUGCAAAAUAUAGACUUAUAAAAGUAAGCAAGUUGGAAUCAAAGAUCCAAGAAUUAUUUUUAAAAAUGAGUGAAGGAAAUCUAUUCGUUUUCUUUUUUUACACAGAAUAUUACCACAAGGGAGAUAUUAUACCCAAUAAUUCCAUACUAGAUAUUAAAAUUAAAAUUCAUAAUGUAAAAGAUCACAUAGAAGAUAUGGAUGUAGAAAAAAUAAAAAAUAAAUUAAUUUAUGAUAUCGACGGGUUCUUAUUGUACCCUUAA